CCUAUGGCAUCCAUGUCGUAAGGAAGACAGGGAUCACACUGGCCUUGCUUCCUACCUAGGAACGUUUCCCUUUCGAGAGAAAAUGAAUAGGGACUUUACCGUUUCGAGAGAAAUGAAAGAUGGAGACUCAUCACAGUCCAAUCAAAGUCUAUGGGUUCAUGCAAGAGAGUGAAAAGGGUCAUACUGGCCUUGCUGCCUAGUUGCUUCGUACUGUUAGCCUGAGUCGGCCUUAUUCUACGCCCGCUCAGUAUACAUGCCCCAAUGCCAUGUAUAAGUACUGGCCACAACUGGUCUCACAAGCAAUAACAAGACUUCUUCCUAGAUAUUCAGGAGAGCAUUCACAAUGGUACAACAAGGGCCUCGUUGGUUCGACUCGGUCCCGCACAUAGUGCGAUUUGGCAUGCAGGACGAAGACAAUGGCAAGUCAUGGACGACAUUCUUCCGCAAUGGCGUGUAUUUCACAGUGAAUGUCGACAAGGACGACGUCCAGGAUACGCCAUUCGGAAACAAGUGGCUUGCAGCCCUGAAGAAGGCGGAACCUAUGGCCGGCCCAGAUUUCAUGAAGAUAUGGAUUCCGUGGUAUGAGGCUUUCUGCGAUUUGAUCAUCAUGCAGAGCAUGCCUUUGCUCAAGGAAUUGGCGCCGGUGCGGAAACAUUGGGAAACGCUUGAGGACCACUUACGCACGCCGAAGUACGAGGUGAAGAUGGUUGCAGAGGGUGGCGAUGCGGUGGCCAAGUAUGAGAGUGGGCCAAUCGUGAGACCUUCGUAUGACUAUUUUCUCUUGCCGUUCGAUAGGUUUGAGGGACUUCCUGAUCCUGCCGAGGUCCGUUGGUAUCACGCAAGAGAGUUGACGGUACUGAAUCCGGACAAGAAUUGGCGCUCUCCUCCUACUAAGAUGCGCACCGGGGAGGGGGAGGUGUUGUACUUUGUCAAGUGCGAACCAUUCCGUGAGUCGGUUGAAACGGGGAUUGUUGACAAUGCCUCGAUUGAGAGGAUCAACGCGCAUUUGCGAUUGUACAGACAGACGAAGGGGGGUGCGCAUGCGUCGACUGGGGAGCCUCAUAUCCCUAAACUCCAGGGGAUCGUGGUGAGCGAGGCAUAUGACUUUGCUGCACUAGGGACUCAGACCUUACCAUCAGUUGGUAUUCAAAAAGAAGAACAGGAGAGAUGGGUAAGGGAGCGGCCGCAGCAAUCGCUUGCUGGAAUCCUGGUGACAUAUGUGUCCAAGGCGAAGACCUUAGCGGAAGUUAAGGAGCUCUUGCCUGACGAGACAAGGGCAAUUGAGCUGAAGAAGGGCGCCGAGAAAUGGAGAGAGCAGUUCAGCUCCGUGGUGCAAUAUCUUCAUGACCAUGGCAUCACGAUUGGAGCGCGCACCACUGGGGACCAAACCUGGUACUACAUCAAUCACUAUUCCAUGUAUCUGGCACCGGUUCCCGGUGCUGACUCUGGUCUGGAUCUGGGCACAGCGGAACUCGCAGACGCAGACGCUUCGUUCCUGUUGACGAGCGAGAAUGAGUUGCAUAUGGCUCGGAAUCAACAAAGCGGCGUGGGUGACGACGGAGAUCGAGAGAGAUUUGAGGAGCAGAAGGCUUUGGAUUGGGAAGCUGUAGAGAAGCUGUUUCAUUUCUGAGGGGGAAGAGAGAGAUGUUUGAGGGACGGUUGAACUUCGGCGAAAUAUGUAGCAAGGGCGAGCAUGACCAGAGUGAGCACAUGCCCUUGAAUGAAUACACCUUCUU